CAGACAAACGAACAGCACCAAAGGUGCAGAAAGUGAGUGAAGUGAAAGGAUAACACGGACGAUCAGUUGCAUAAGGAUUAUCGAGACACACACACACAGAGAUAGCUACUCAAUUGGAUUAUUAAACUUGAAACAAGAGAUCUUCACCAUGAGAAUAAGAGCGAGCCUAGUGGCAGUUCUCCUGCUGGCCAGCGCAUCCGCCUGGGCGGAUGACUCCAACUGGGGCAACGAGUGGGCGCCCAUGGAGGAUGCCAUGCCCAGUCGCCGAUCGGUGGACGUUAAGCCAGCCGACCCCGCCGACAUCCAGGGACGCUACCUGGUCCACGAAUCCCACAGCCAGACCCAGACUCAGAGCAACAGCACCAGCGAAAUCGAUGCGGUCAUCGAACAACUGAUCAACUCCCGCCGGGAAGGACGCAAUCUUGGCGAGUACGAUGCCGUCUACGCCGAUGGCAACAUCGACCAGGCUCUGCAGCAGGGCAACGACCUGCAGGCACGCAACCUCAUCCGCGACAAGCUGUGCGGUCUCGGACUUAUGAGCUGCGAUGUGGAGGAGAAGCGUCCGUUUUACUCGACCAUCUACGCCCAGGGCCCACCCCCGCCAUCCGGAAGCUUCAGCGGCCCCUACGGUCCGGCCAAGCCCAUGCCCCCACCAAGCUACUUCAGCGGCCGUCCUCCCAUGUCUGGCGCCUUCGGUCCCCCACCCAGCUCCCUGAACUCCUUCGGACCCCCCAGGAAGGUCGGCUACGAGGGACCCUACAAGCCAAUGUCCGGACCUUACAGGCCAACUGGACCAGGAGGUUACUUGGAACACCCCCCACCAUCUGCUAUUGACGGCUCCUCCGAUGGCAUCACCUACACGAAGCCCCCUCCUGGAGCUCUGAUCUACGACAGCAAGCCCCCAGGACCCAUCUAUACCGGAGGACCUUCCCUGGGUUCCGGACCUGUUUACCCCGGUGCUCCCAACGGAGUUCCCCCCUACAACUUUGAGAAUCCCGAAGGUGGUAUUCAGGGGGCCAGUUCCGCCCCCAACGGCUUCUACUCGCAGCAGUCCUCGGCUUCCUCCUCCUCGGCCACGUCCUCCUCCACUAAAGUAGUGGUUGGAGCCCCCAUUGACGCCGGCUUGCAGCAGCAUGUCCACCACCACUACCACCAUGUGGAGGGUGCCGAUGGAGCCAAGGUCCCCAGUGUGCCCAUUCCUGUCGGAGCUGGUCAGACCAUCAACACGGACUUCAGCGCUCUGGCCCAGUCCUCGGCCACUUACACUCCCUCUAUUCAGACCACUUCCGGAUCGGGCUACUCCCAGUCGAACGCCUUCAAUGCUGGAUUCAACGGUGCCUCCCAGGGCGGACUUCUUUCCCAGAACGGUUUCAGUGGCUUGUCUCAGAAGCCCUCUGACCUGUACAAGCCCAGCUCCGGCGACAUCUACAAGCCUAACUCUGGUCUUGGAAACUUUGGUGCCAGCAGCUCCGGAGGAUUCAGCGGAUCCCCCAGCUCCAGCUACCACAGCCAGAACCCCGACUACUACAAGAAGGAACUCCAGGCCGGCGCUUCUAACCAGUACAAUGGAAUAUCUGGAGGUUACCAGGGUCAGAGCCAGGGACAGUACCAGGGUGGCUAUGACACCUCCCGUCAGCAGAUCGUGGACUGCCAGUGUGUGCCCAUUUCCCAGUGCCCGGCUGCCGAUCGCAUUGGCCGCAAGGAGGAUCUAAUCCUCCCCAUCGACCCCCGAAACCUGGGCAAGGACAUCGAGGCUCUCAGUGACGAUGUUGCUGCCAGCAACGCCACCGUGAAGGCUGAAUCCAAGAAGGACGAGGACAAGACUGACAAGGAUGACAAGAAACGUUCCCGUCGCCAGGCCGAUGGUGCUCAGAAGGACGAGGAUGCCAGCGAUCUCUCGCUCGACGCUCAAGGGAGACAGGCGCCGCUCGGAGGAUCUCCCUUGGCGCUGCCUGCCCUCCAGGCCAUCGAACUGAUCCAACGAAAGGUGCUGCCUACCUACGGCGUAAGCUUUGGUCUGCCCUAUCCCACUGGUGGAUAUGGAGGCUAUCCAGCGAAUGUCCUGGGUGAUUACUACCCCGCCCAGAACCCCAACUUCGGUUCUGUGGGCCCCAAUGGCCUGAACCUUGGACUGGUGAACGUGAAUCCUUUGGUGUCAGUGCAGGUGGCCAAAACGGACUACGGCGAGAAGGUGGUGAAGCCACUGGUGAACCUCCAUGUCACCCCGAAUGCCAAUCUCAUCCAAAAGGUGGGAGACUUCUUCAAGAGAAAGCCCGCCGAGGUGCACAGCACCCAUUACCACCACCAUGAUCACUACACAGGCUACGAGCAUCAUGGCUACGAUCACCAUGAUCACCACGAUCACCAUGAUCACUCGUAUCCGCACUACUACGGAGGAUCGGGUCCCCACUUCAGUGUGGAGAUGGUGCCGAGUACUCCGAUCUUUGAGUACCACAGCGGUCCCUCGGUGCCCGUUUCGCAUCACCAUCACCACGAACCAUCCCCCUACGAGAGCUCCUUCAACUCGAUCUAUCCGGGAUCCGCCCCUGAUUUCGGAGGCUUUGGUGAAUACUCGCAGCAUGUGGAGCGGAGCGCCAACGUGAGCAGCGAGGGUUCCAGUCGUCGUGGCAAGCAGUUGACCCUCGGACCCCUUUACAAUAUCCCCACUCCGGCUCCUGGAGAGUCAGCGGGCAGUGAUCGAAUCACCUUUCCCAGGGAUCGCAGGCGCAGAAGCCUCGAGGAUGGUGUGUGGGCGGGAGCAGCUCCUGAGGAGCAGCGUGCUUACUACGGCAACCGUCCUGUGGAGAAGACCUGCCGCAUCAACGAGGUCUGCUGCCGUCGUCCCCUCCGCCCUCAGGCUCCUCCCCAGCAGCUCGGUCGUUGUGGCGUGAGGAACGCCGCUGGCAUCACCGGUCGCAUCAAGAACCCCGUGUACGUGGACGGAGACAGUGAGUUCGGCGAGUAUCCCUGGCACGUGGCCAUCCUGAAGAAGGACCCCAAGGAGUCGAUCUACGCCUGCGGUGGCACCCUCAUCGACGCCCAGCACAUUAUCUCCGCUGCCCAUUGCAUCAAAUCUCAAAAUGGCUUCGACUUGCGUGUGCGCCUGGGCGAGUGGGAUGUCAACCAUGACGUCGAGUUCUUCCCCUACAUCGAACGCGAUGUGGUUUCCGUGCACAUCCAUCCCGAGUACUAUGCCGGAACUCUGGACAAUGACCUGGCCAUCCUCAAGCUGGACCACCCUGUGGACUUCACCAAGAAUCCCCACAUUAGUCCCGCCUGUCUGCCCGACAAGUACUCCGACUUCACUGGAGCCCGCUGCUGGACCACUGGCUGGGGCAAGGACGCUUUCGGAGAGCACGGAAAGUACCAGAACAUCCUCAAGGAGGUCGAUGUGCCCAUUCUGUCGCACCACCAGUGCGAGUCCCAGCUAAGGAACACCCGUCUGGGAUACAGUUACAAACUCAACCCAGGAUUUGUGUGCGCCGGUGGUGAGGAGGGCAAGGACGCCUGCAAGGGUGACGGCGGUGGUCCCCUCGUCUGCGAGCGCAACGGAGUCUGGAACGUGGUGGGAGUGGUGUCCUGGGGAAUUGGCUGCGGCCAGGUGAACGUACCCGGCGUGUACGUGAAGGUCUCGGCCUACCUGCCCUGGAUCCAGCAGAUCACCCAAAGCUACAAAUGAUUAACGGAGCAGGAGGAAUACCACGGGCAGGAGCAUCAUCCGACUGAUCACAAGGUAACUGCCUACCACGCAGACACCUCCAGUGUCAUCGUCGACGAUGCCUCCUCCGAUGAGUUUGUUUUUCACUUCUGACCGAAGCCAUCACAAAAGCACUUGUGCAACUCUCGAAUCCGUUCGAUUGUCGCAUUCGUCAUCGUAUUUAUCAGCGUCGUCACUCUUAUUUAUUACGAAUGUUACUUUGUCUGUUAUUCUAUUUGUUAUAUUUUAUAUCACGCGCCCACAGUCGCCCCGACUCACAUCACUUCACUCCACUCAUUAGCGGCCCACUGCGGUUAUUACUUAAUUGGCGACGCACAUAGUCGCGUCAUCUGGUUGAUAUUAAUUGUCUUGUACAUUCGAGUU